AGAAUACUGGUUAGGUUAGUCCCAGUGGCCACUCCUCCGAGAAGCCCCUUUCGCUCAACUUAAUCUUGGGCAGAGGCUUGUGGUAUUUUUCAUCCAACAAGUGUCGGAGGAGAAAAGACCUCACCUGCUCAAGGUUGAAAUGGACCAAAAACAAAACUCACAGGUGAAAAUGAAUCUGAUAAACCUCGGGACUGCACCAGGACAUACUCUGCCCGAACCUCAGGAGAGGGAGCAGUGGGGCAGUAAAAUUGAGUUCAUCCUCGCUGUGGCUGGACACAUUGUUGGCCUUGGAAAUGUCUGGAGGUUUCCAUACCUCUGCUACAAAAAUGGAGGAGGGGUUUUCUUCAUACCAUAUGUUUUGUUUUUGUUCACCUGUGGCAUCCCACUCUUCUUCCUGGAGACAUCGUUGGGCCAGUACACCAGUCAGGGUGGAAUAACAUGUUGGAGAAAAAUCUGCCCUCUUUUUGAAGGCUUAGGUUAUGGGAGCCAAGUGGUUGUUUUGUACACUGGGGUGUACUACAUAAUCAUACUGGCUUGGACGUUUCUCUACCUGUUUUCAUCCUUCAGAUCUGAGCUUCCAUGGGCAAGCUGUGGCAACAGUUGGAACACAGAUGGCUGUUUUGAGAAUGGUCUCAAUCAAACAUCCACUUUGCUCCUGUAUGGAAACAGCACAUCUUCAGUCAUAGAAUUUUGGGAGAGGAGAAUCUUGGGCCUGUCCAGUGGGAUUGAGAGAAUUGGUAAUAUUCGUUGGGACCUGGCCCUUUGUUUGCUUCUUGCCUGGAUGUUGUGCUACUUUUGUGUCUGGAACGGAGUGAAGACAACAGGAAAGGUGGUCUACUUCACUGCCACGUUUCCAUAUGUAAUGCUGGUGGUGCUGCUUGUUCGUGGUCUUACAUUACCGGGGGCCAAAGACGGAAUCAUGUUCUACCUCUACCCAGACCCAUCCCGCCUCACUGAUCCAGAGGUAUGGAUGGAUGCUGGCAGCCAAAUUUUCUACUCCUAUGGAGUCUGCACCGGUGUUCUUACUUCUUUAGGAAGUUACAACAAGUACAGCAACAACUGCUAUAGGGACUGUGUUUACCUGUGCCUGUUGAACAGUUUAACCAGCUUCAUAGCUGGAUUCGCCAUCUUUUCUGUGCUCGGCUUCAUGGCAAAGGAGCAAGGUGUGGAUAUAUCGAUGGUGGCUGAAUCAGGUCCAGGGUUGGCAUUCAUUGCUUAUCCUCGUGCUGUGGCUCUGAUGCCACUUCCUCAGCUCUGGGCCAUUUUCUUCUUCAUUAUGAUCAUCUUUUUAGGAUUAGAUAGUGAGUUUGUAUAUCAAGAGGCAUUGGUCACAACCAUCGCCGACAUGUAUCCUGACUUCUUUCGAGAUAGCUGUCGUCGCAAACUCCUCCUUCUUGCGAUUUCUGUGGGGAGCUUCUUUCUUGGCCUUCUGAUGGUCACGGAGGGUGGCCUUUAUAUUUUCCAGCUGUUUGACCACUACGCCUGCAGUGGGAUGACGCUCCUGCUUUUUGCUAUUCUUCAGGCCGUCUGUAUUGGAUGGGUCUAUGGUGCAGAUCGUCAGUAUGAUAAUAUACAGGACAUGAUUGGAUAUCGACCGUGGCCGUUCAUGAAAUAUUGUUGGCAGUAUUUCACACCAGCUAUCUGUACUUGCACAUUUCUCUUCUCCUUGGUCAAAUAUACCCCGCUCAAAUUCAACAACACUUAUGAAUACCCCUGGUGGGGUUACGCCAUUGGAGGAUUCUUCACGCUCUCUUCAACACUCAUGGUUCCUCUGUGGAUGUUGUAUGCUGUGAGUGUAACCCCGGGAACUCUGAGACAGAGACUGAAAAUACUGUGCACUCCAGAAAAGGACUUAUCUAAUCGUACACUAAAGAGGGCAACAAAUGAAGAAGCAUUUCUGACUUUCACAAGCUUGCACACACUGCGCACUGCAGAAAGUCCCAGUGACAGAAGUGACAGAGUUCAGAGAUCAGGCAUUAUUUAGAAUCAAGGAAACACAGAGGAGGGAAAUGCUCAACAGUUUUACCAACUGAAAAAACAAAAACAUCAUUACGGAGAGUCAAACAAAUCCUAAUGUAUUACAGUGUUUGCAGCAUCGGUUAGCAAUAACAAGAUCUGAUCUUCCUGGUUGUACCGUUAACAUACCUUCAAUUUCUGUUGUAUAUUCCAGCUGGCCGGCAAUGAAAGCAAAAUUCUAACGAAGUUUUCACAAUAUAUUUUUAAAUGACAUUUAGCCUGAAAAGUUAACACAAACUUUAAAGUGUAGUACUAAGUAUAAUGUACAUUAUUGUAGUUAUUUUGUAACUAACAAAAAAGCAGACAAAGGGGACAUUGACUCAAAGCUAAUACAUUUAGAAAUUGAAAUCCCUAUGAUUAAUGCACAUACAUAUUUAAAUACUUACUGAAAAUCCAGGUAUUAGAAAAUAUAUAAUUAUGAAUAUAAUUUUAGACAUAUAACGUAGCUUUUUAAAGAAGCUUUUUAGGUAAGUAAAGCACUUUAUAAUGGAACUGUGCAAUGCAGUGGGUGUCUCAGGCAUAAGAGACCACACCUGUCCGUGUAACACCUGAAACUGGGAGAAACCUUUGUUCAGGCUGUAAUUCAACACACUGCAGGUUCAGAGCUUUAUGUAUUUGAAUUACAGAGUAAUGUGACACUCCAUUGCUCUACCGCUCUACACUUUGAUCACAGGAUAAAUACACAUUAUGAGGGCUGCAGUAUAACCUUAAUGCAUUCCUUCUGUGAUUUUCCUAUAAUCACUCAAAGUACAAGCUUUCACCAAAGAAUUCAGUGACACACAGUUACACUAAUAAUUUAAUCUAAUUUAACACAGUGUCAGUUGCCAGCUUCAUUCCAGUUAAUACAGUUAAACCAGAUAUAUUGUCUACAUUACCCACAAUGCAACUUAGGCAUUGAGUGACAUCUCUGGAGGCAUUUUAGAUGAUUAACAUGCAGCUUCCUCUGGAGCCACAGAAGGCUUUAUACUACCUUUUAGACAUAUGCAGUAAUACUCCUACAGACAUGUAAACAAAACUAUAUUUAAAAUGGGUGGAGCUGUACUUUAAGAUUUGACCCAGGGUUAACUUAACUAAUGUAGAUGUGCAUAUGCACCCCAAGAUAUUGGAUUAUUAUGUGAAUAUUGAAAAUGCUGGAUAUAAUUAACUAUAAAAUGUCAGUCUGCCAACUAUUUCUUGUAGUGUUUCUUUUGUAAAAGUUUUGUAAUAGUUUGUAAUAGUGGCAGUGAAAAAGGUUGAAAUUGUCUCUAAUACUAAAGCAACAAUAUGUAAAUGUUUGCCCUUAAAAUGUUGAUGGUAUAGUGUUGUGUAAUAGGGUGGGUAGUGUUUCUGUCUCAGCCACUCUCAGGGGGCACAAAAUCCCAGAGAUGCCCAUUUCUAUAUAAUGUUGCAUUAAUAUGUGUUCACCUAUGGUUAGAAAUUACCAUGUGUUGUUAUAGUAGCAAUUUACAGUUGAAUCUUUGAUUGUGCUGCAGCUGGUGUUGGUCUCCAGUCUGGAGCACUGGGAGUUCAAAUUGUGUUCAAAACUUGAUUUGUGGUGAUAUUAUUUAAAUUUUGCUGUGGCACUAGUAGAAGCGUGAAGAUUUUUUUUUCUGUUGAAAUAAGGGUUAUUUCUUGUGUAUAGUUUUGGUUAUCCAAUGAUAGCCUACUUCCAGUGCAUUGGCCUGCUGAUUGGUGCGUCACAUCCCUGCAGCAUGUAGAAUUGAUGUCGGUGAUCCUGAUUGUAAUAAACCAGCCUGUUAUGGGAUUAUUAUUUUCAUUUUUUACACGCACUGACUUUUAGAUCAACUGUAUUUAUAGCAGAGGUUAGUUGUCAUAAUAAAACUGUAAUUAUAAUGGUAAUAAUUACUUCAAUAUAUUAAUGAAAAAAAAGCAAUAAAAAGACAGUUUCAGGUUUUAGCAUAUAUAUCACAUUAUAUAUCAUCUGAUGCAGAAGUUAGAUUCUGAACAAAGACUAGGAGAACAGAUUAAAUGACUCUCCUUUAAAUGUCCUGGUGUGUUUUAGAACUGAUUUCUGCGUCUUUUACCCCGCUUCCCAUACCAAAACCACAAUAUGAUGCCCAAAUGUGUUUAGUAACUGUAUUGUUUUUUUUGUUUUGUUUUGUUUUGUUGUUUUGUUUUUUUUUAAAAAAAAAACAAAAAACAAAAAGACAGAACUUGUUCUUUUCACCCAAUAUUGACCCCAUUAUUUUUCCUUCUGGAAGUUUUUGUAAAGUAUGUUGCAAUUUUUAUAUUAAUUAAUUCUAUCACAACAACUGUAUUUGUUUAUCAACCCUCUUGAUUUUCUUAUUCUGUUACUUUGUAACACAUACACAUCUGAGGCUGUUUAUACUUCAGCUGUUCCAGGGUUUUGCCUCUGGGAGGCGCUACAGGAUUAUAGAUAAAACAUCAGAGACAAUAUUUCCUGACAUCUCUGACAUUGCCUCUGUACUUGCAGGAACAUAUCCGUGCACCUAUGUAAUAUGUCACUUAAGCAGAGUGUCUCAUUUUUUUCUAUAUAGAUUUAAAUUUGUAUAUAUAUGCAUUUUGUUUUAUGAAGUUGUUCUAACUGCAUGGAUGUAGACAGUAGGCCAUCUGCUGGCUGAACUCACACACACACACACACACACACACACACACACACACACACACACACACACACACACACACACACACACACACACACACACUGAUUACAGGAGGGUACAUGAGGUUGGAGCUGUGUCAUUUGUGUAUUUAUGUGUGUUGAAUGUUGAUCAUUGAAAUGACUCUGAAUAAAAAUAAACAAAAAAAGA